AUGUGCAUCAACACCUUCGCCAUCGACCGCGCCGUCUUCAUCCAGACCGCCGCCGCACAUGCAUCAACGCCCCUCGACUUGUGCUCCCCCUCCCUUUCCGACAGCCAGACCCCGGACGAGACCCCGUCCCCUGACGUCUCAGCAUCGCCCGGCGCAGAGGACGCGAGCGAGCAGCCCAUCAGCAGCGACGCGACCAAGGGGCUCGAGGCAGGAAACUUGGAGGAGAAGUACGGGAAGCUGUCGUGGACGAAGCGGAGGCAGCUGAGGGCGCUGGAGCACUCGAUAGGGUACAUCGAGAGGCUACAGAGAGAGGCAGGGGGGAGCGUGGACGGGAGGAGGCUGCCCGGCCUUCAGGUGCUUCGCUUUUGCGAAAGUUCGAGCUGUUCAACGAUUAGGACUCUAUAG